CAAACAAAUUGAAUCAAAUCGAAACUUGUUUCGCUUUGGAAAAAAUAGAAAUUGAAGAAAAUGAGAUUGAAUGAAGACAAAGCAAUCGUUAACAAAUAGGAUAUAUUUUCAGCGGUAUCGGCGUGAAUCUGAGUUUUAUGGAAGGACUUUUACAUGAAAGUUUGAAAUGAUUCAUAUAUGAUAUUGAACUUGAAAUUACAAUGGCUUUCAGGAAUUCAACGUGUCUGCAAGCAUUGUUUGUAUGAAUUGGUUGGAGAAUAAGACGUGAACAAUGGCGAGACUUGGGGAUGUUUUCGGCGUCCAAGAAAUGACGAACUGGUUGAAGGCAUGGCUAGCAUUGAACAUCACAAAGGAUGGGUUGCAUGAGUUCGUUGACAGAGAAGUAAAACAGUUUCAGACAGGAAUAUAUAAAAACAUCACGUCAACAUUAGGUCUGUCGGCGAAUGCAACAUGUACAAGCUGCUUGACUGCUAAUAUAUUACCAUGCCCCACACAAGGGGUAUGCAAGAAAAGCGGGAGUAAAUCAUAUAUAUGCAUGCAUGACACACCUAGCAAACGGCAUCGACCUUGUCCACUAAGCAUUUGCGAGAAAGUUCGUGAACAUAUUAAGAACGAUCAUCGGUUCUAUGGACCUUCGUGGAAAAACACCUGUGCUGAGCAAUGGGCAUGCAAUCACUGGCAAAUUGGGAAAUGUUUUAUGCCCCCAGAUGGAUAUAUUGGAGUGACGUCUAUUCGGGAUACAGAUUUCAACGGUGUCAUGAGUGUAAUGUUGAACUGUAAACACUUUGAUAACCUGAUGUCAUUUAGCAUAGCACCGACGUCGGUUAGUCCGUGUCUUUUAACAAAGGCACGUGACAUUGGCAAAGCUGUCCGACAUUCUCCAUCGUGUGAAGUAACAGACUCUGACCUCAACGACUAUUUUAAUACACUAGAAACAUUGCUCAAGGAUUCCAAGAUACUAGCAAACGACAGUAGCGCACAAGAUGCGGUCAGCAAGUUGAAUCUGUUACGAAAAGAGAGCACUAUUUCUUUGGCGGAAAUGAGUCAAUUGCUGAAAGAUGCACACGAGACUUUAGGAAAGGCUGAAAACGUUACCAAGGAGUGCAAGUCACAAAUGGAAUCAUACAUGGAACAAUUGAAGAUAAAACUAGAUGAGCACGCUGAAACACUUAUAAAAAAAUAUACAAAAAUUUUUACUGAGGAGGCAAACAUGUUUACAGAAGUAAAAAAAGCAAAUAUUACAGAACAUGCAAAUACGUGCACAGUAGAAAGUAAAAGACUCAUUAAUGAACAUGCAAACACAUGUACUGAAGGAAGUAAAAGAAACAUUUUGGAACACGCUCUCACAUGUACAGAAGAAAGUAAAAAAAACUUAACGGAACAUGUAAACACACUUGCACAGAAGUCCAUACAAUAUAUUCAAGGAGCUAUCUCGUCGAAGCAAGAAAGCGACUAUGAACAUGAAGUCGAAGAUUUUGUUGGGCGAUUAAAACAUCAUUACAAGCGCAAGCUGAGUCACGUGUCUAUAUCAACAUUAUUGCCAAGUGGCGACGAAUCCCUAAAUAAGAUCUAUGCAGCGCCCGCAAUUUGCCGAGUAGUUGAAAGCAGCGGCGGGAAUAAAACCGAAAUUCCAAUUACAACUUACAAAGAAAUAUUAUGUACGGGUGAAAAUGAAAAAUUAAACAAGUGCAUAUUUUUACAAGGCGAAGCUGGCAUGGGAAAGUCAACGUUUUCUUCUAAACUGGUAUUGGACUGGUGUAAUCAAGGAGGUGAAUUAACAUCCUCUAAAACGUUUGUUGACGCGAACACGUUGCAAGAAUUUAGACUUGCAUUAUUAAUUACUUUGAGAGAUUCUGUUUGUGAACGCGAUGUCACUAAUAUGAUCAAAGAACAGAUUAUCGACAUGGUUUAUACUGAUACAGAACGAAAUGACGCGUAUGUUAUGCUAAAUAAAAUCAUGCGACAAGAAUUGUGUUUGGUGGUACAAGACGGGUUAGACGAGUGGAAGGAUCCCCAAGGGAAACUAGCUCAGCCUAUCAUGCUUUCCUGUUACAGCCAGUGUACAGUUUUUACUACAACAAGGCCAUGGAAAUUGACUGAUGAACUCAUCAAGAAUUCUCAAAUUGACAGCUUAUUUGAACUGAAAGGUGUCCGUGAUCCAUAUGAACUGUGCAAAUCACUCCUUGAUAGCUUUGGGUGCAAUACAUUAAAAGAGUUUAGACAAUAUGUAUCAGAAAAUAGACUACAUGCUUUAAUGUUGUCUCCAAUGUUGCUCUCGCUAAUUGUAAGUUCUUGGGUCGACGGAACACGAUUGACAGGGUCACGGUGCGAUAUAUACACGGUUUUAGUUGACGCUCUUUUUAAAAAAGCGAGUGAAAAGAUAAGCUUUUUUGUUCAGCCGCCAUUCGUGUGCUUCCAAAACACACGUUACCUGCAACACAAUUUUGAACAUCUGCAAGCCAUUGCCAAAGUAGCAUUUUGUAUGUUGUUUUCAGCAGAGCGGGAACAAUCCCUAGUUAUAAGCGAUCGACAAUUGUCACACUGCCUGACAGAUGAACAGAAAUACAUUGCCCUUAAGACAGGUAUUAUAACGGAAAGAAAAUGUGUCAGUAGAACAUAUCAAACAUCCACGUGUUCAUUUAUUCAUAAAAGUGUUCAGGAGUUUCUAGCUGCUGUUCACAUAGCAGAAAACAGUGCAACUCUUCGGGUCGUUUCUAGAUUUUUUGCCGAAAAUUCGAAGGCGAUGUUUGAAAAUCAGAUAUUUAUUUUUUUGUGCGGUUUAAACAUUUUAUUUGCAAAUGAGUUUUCGCGUAUUAUAGACAGCACUAUGGAUACCAAGUUUUUGUUGUCCACAUACAUAGCGGGAUUUAUCGAAGCGCAAGCAAAUGUCCAGAAUCCAAAUGAUAUUGAUCUUAAACUCAGCCGUUUCGAUGUAAAUGAUUUUUAUGUUGAUGACAACGCUUUUCUUCGCAUCUUGCAAAUGAACAAGUCCAACGCUAAGCUUCUUAAUAUAUUUCUUUUUUCACGGAACAUAUUACUACCACCGAACGCCCUUCAUGGGUUUGCGCAACUAAAGGAUAUUAAGUUGCGGGGCUUUGAGUGUAAAGGACUUGACUUAUCAUCGUGUCAUAAUCUGGAAAUAAUACAUAUUAUGGGUGAAGGAAUCACGCUACAGCCGAAUACCUUUAAGGGACUUACGCAACUGAAGACAUUAAAGUUGUUUGAAUGUGAGUGUAAAGGACUCGACUUAUCAUCAUGUCAUAAUCUGGAAAUAAUAUAUCUUGUAGGCAAUCGAAUCACGCUACAACCGAAUGCCUUUACUGAACUUGCGCAACUGAAGACAUUAAAGUUGGAUGAAUGUGAGUGUAAAGGACUCGACUUAUCAUCAUGUCAUAAUCUGGAAAUAAUAGAUCUUUAUGGCAAUCGAAUCACGCUACAACCAUAUGCCUUUAAGGGACUUACGCAACUGAAGACAUUAAUGUUGGAGGGCUGUAAGUGUAAAGGACUCGACUUAUCAUCAUGUCAUAAUCUGGAAAUAAUAUAUCUUGAAGGUGACGCAAUCACGCUACAGCCGAAUGCCUUUAAUGGACUUGCGCAACUGAAUACAUUAACGUUGGAUAAAUGUGAGUGUAAAGGACUCGACUUAUCAUCAUUUCAUAAUCUGGAAAAAAUAUAUCUUGAAGGUUUCGCUAUCACGCUACAGCCGAAUGCCUUUAAUGGACUUGCGCAACUGAAGACAUUAACGUUGUUUGGAUGUGAGUGUAAAGGACUCGACUUAUCAUCAUGUCAUAACCUGGAAAUAAUAUAUCUUGAAGGUGAAGCAAUCACGCUACAGCCGAAUGCCUUUAAUGGACUUGCGCAACUGAAGACAUUAACGUUGGAAGAAUGUGAGUGUAAAGGACUCGACUUAUCAUCAUGUCAUAAUCUGGAAAUAAUAUAUCUUGAAUGUGAAGCAAUCACGCUACAGCCGAAUGCCUUGAAUAGACUUGCGCAAUUAAAGGAAAUAAAGUUGUCUGGAUGCGAGUGUUAAGGACUCGACUUAUCAUCAUGUCAUAAUCUGGAAAUAAUAGAUUUUCAUGGCAAUCGAAUCACGCUACAACCGAAUUUCUUUAAUGGACUUGCGCAACUGGAGAAAUUAAAGUUGGAUGAAAUUGUGUGUGAAGGGUUAGACUUAUCAUCAUGUCAUUAUCUUGAAAUAAUAGAUCUUCGUGGCAAACCAAUCACGCGACAGCCGAAUGCCUUAAAUGGACUUGCGCAACUGAAGACAUUAAAAAUGUUUUUAUUGUGAGUGUAGAGGGUUGGACCUAUCGUCAUGUCAUAGUCUGGAAAUAAUAGAUCUUUGUGGUGAAUGAAUCACGCUACAGCCAAAUGCCUUUAAUGGACUUGCGCAACUAAAGACAUUAACGUUGGUUGGAUGUGAGUGUAAAGGACUCGACUUAUCAUCAUGUCAUAAUCUGGAAAUAAUAUAUCUUGAAGGUGAAGCAAUCACGCUACAGCCGAAUGCCUUAAAUGGACUUGCACAAUUAAAGAAAUUAAAGUUGUGUAUUUGUGAGCUUAAAGGGGUGGACUUAUCACCAUAUAAUAAUCUGGAAAUAAUAGAUCUUGAAGGUGAAGGAAUCACGCUACAGCCGAAUGCCUUUAAGGGACUUACGCAACUGAAGAAAUUAAUGUUGUAUGAAUGUGAGUGUAAAGGGUUGGACUUAUCAUCUUGUCAAACACUGGAAAUAAUAGAUCUCGAAGGUGGAGCAAUCACGCUACAGCCAAAUGCCGUUAAUGGACUUGCGAAAUUGAAGAAAUUAAAGUUGUGUAUUUGUGAGUUUAAAGGGGUGGACUUAUCAUCAUGUCAUUAUCUGCAAAUAAAAGAUCUUGAAGGUGAAGCAAUCACGCUACAGCCGAAUGCCUUUAAUGGACUUGCGCAACUGAAGACAUUAACGUUGUUUGGAUGUGAGUUUAAAGGACUCGACUUAUCAUCAUGUCAUAAUCUGGAAAUAAUAUAUCUUGAAGGUGAAGCAAUCACGCUACAACCGAAUGCCUUUAAUGGACUUGCGCAACUGAAGACAUUAACGUUGUUUGGAUGUGAGUGUAAAGGACUCGACUUAUCAUCAUGUCAUAAUCUGGAAAUAAUAUAUCUUGAAGGUGAAGCAAUCACGCUUCAGCCGAAUGCCUUUAAUGGACUUGCGCAACUGAAGUCAUUAACGUUGUUUCGAUGUGAGUGUAAAGGACUCGACUUAUCAUCAUGUCAUAAUCUGGAAAUAAUAGAUCUGUGUGGCAAUCGAAUCACGCUACAACCGAAUGCCUUUAAUGGACUUGAAGAUAUUACAUUUAAAUCGCUGUGAGUGUGAAGGGUUGGACUUAUCAUCAUGUCAAAAUUUGGAAUGUAUAGAACUUUGUGGUAACAUAAUCACUCUUCAACCGAAUGCCUUUAAUGGAUGUGUGCAACUGAAUAUUUAAAAUUAAAGUAUUGUGAGUGUAACAGCAUGGAUUUAUCAUCAUGUCAAAGUCUGGAAACUCUUGAUCUUCGUGGUGAAGGAAUAACUCUUCAACCGAACGCCCUUUAUGGACUUGCGCAGCUGGUGAUGUGGAAGUUAGAGAGCUGUGAGUGGGAAGCUUUUGACUUAUCAUCAUAUCAAAGUCUGGAAACUCUUGCUGUCCGUGGUAAAAGAAUCACGCUUCAACCGAAUGCCUUUCAUUGACUCACGCAGCUGGAGAUAUUAGAGUUAAAAGGCUGUGAGUGUAAAGGCUUUGACCUAUCAUCAUCUCAAAGUCUGGAAACUCUUUCUAUUCGUGGUAAAAGAAUAACGCUUCAACCGAAUGCCUUUAAUGGACUCAAGUGGCUGGAGAUAUUAACGUUAGAGGUCUGUGAGUGUAAAGGCUUGGACUUAUCAUCAUGUCAAAGUCUGGAAACUCUUGAUCUUCGUGGUGAAGGAGUAACGCUUCAACCGAACGCCCUUCAUGGACUUGCACAGCUAAGGAUAGUUAAUUUGGUGAAUAUUAAAUGUAACAGUUUGGACUUUUUUAAACAAUCAUAAUAGAUUGACAACGUGAAACGCUUCUGGCGAAAAAUACAGCAUUAGUAUUAGUAGUAAUUUUUAAUAAUAAUGAUUUCUUUUAAUUUCCAAGUGGUGUAUAAUACUGGGCUGUGUUUUGCUUAAAGCCAUUGAGGUGAUAUGAUUUUUCCAUUCGUGAAUUAGUAACACAAGUAUGUAAAGUAUGUAUUUGCAUGCUCAAAAUAUUUAAAAUGAUAAAAUUGUCUAAACACUAUAGAUUAUAAAGUUGUAUAGUGUAUGCACAUUUGAUAGCCAUAUGUUGCUGUGUAACAGGAUAUGAAGUGUUGAAAUAAUUUUACACUAUCAGUUAUAGUUAAGAUAAACGAGUAUUUCGUAUAAGAAGAUGUUUUGUUCCUUUUGCGUGCACUAUUUCUGUUUUAGUUGAAAUGUUUGUUUAGUUAGAUAGCACGCACCUUUAGAAGGAUGACGUCUACCGCUUGCAUCCGCCGAUCCUAAAGUUGAUAUUACUUUACAAGGGUACACCAUUUAAAAUAGACCCAAAUAUGCAUGUGAUUUUUUUAUGAUACCGAACAAGUUGUACUUUAAACGAUUGAAAAGUCAAACAUGCAGAUUUGAUAUCAAGAUCAAGAGCUUAUAAAUAUUGAUUUUGGAUUGAUUGAUUUUAAAGAGCUUCUCAUUUAUUGUAGAAAAUUAGCAGUAAAAGAAGAAGUAUUGUAUUAUCUACUAUUUUAUUAUCUUAAUAUAUUGACAUGAAAUAACAGCUUUUAUGCCCCCGGAUCGAAAGAUCGGGGGCAUAUUGUUUAUGGCCUGUCUUUCUGUCUGUCAUUCAUUCAUUCAUUCAUUGUAUGUGUGUGUCCCAAAACUUUAACCUUGGUUAAAGUUUUGCAAUAACUAAAUAAAAAUAAAAAUUAUUGAAGAUAGCAACUUGAUAUUCGGCAUCCAUGUGUAUCUCAUAGAGCUGCACAUUUUGAGUGGUGAAAGGUCAAUGUCAUCCUUUAAGGUAAAAGGUCAAAUAUAUGGCCUCAAAGCGGCGCAAUUGGGGGCAUUGUAUUUCUGACAAACAUAUCUCUUGUUUCUUCAAGUCAUGGAUUGAUGCUGCAAUUCUUUGUAUAUGUGAUAUCUUGUGACAUGGAACCUUUAUUUCUUUUGAUGAAUUAAGUGAAAGGUUCUAUUCGAAAGUAAAGUUCAUAAAUUAUAUAGGGGGGGGACAAGAGCGAUAGAUAAAUUUAUAAACACACAUUGUAUACCCUGUUCUUUCAAACACAGGAUGAAACCUUUUGCCCCGAUUAGUAUAACUAACAUUAAAAAAGGAAUCUAGUGCGAACAGACUUUACACUAUGGUAAAUAAAAACCACGAACAACCUUCAGUCUAAGCAAAAUGGAGUAUAACACCCAACACCAUAAUUAAUGUAAAUGAAUGGAAUUGCAUUUUUAACUACCCUUUGUAAUAGCCAUUGAUGUAAAGAUACAUUGGUGACAAUACAGAAUAAUUCACAGGAUACUUGGAACAUAUAGUCUUUUGAACAAAUGUAUAUAACUGAUGAUCCUUUGUGUUAUUUUUGCAAACAAAGUGAGGAAAAUUUAGAACAGUUAUUCUGGGAAUGUCAGAUGUCUAAAGCAUUAAUAGAUAAGAUAUAGAAGGAUAAUUGUUUCCUUUCAUGCAUAAGAAAAAAACUUAUUGGGUAUUUAACAAAGUCAGCUAGAGCCAUAAUAAUGCUAUUUUGUUUAUUAAGCUAUACUUAUACAUGUGUAAAAUAAAAAAUCUAGUUUUCUACUUUUGUUCUUUAUUAAUACUUAAAAAUUGUUUUCCCAAUACAAACUUUCAUGCAACUGUCUUAUAUUUACAGCAUUCUUUUCAGUUUGAAAACUUAAAAUGUCUGUUGAUAGGAAGCUGUGUUUUUCCCAUUAUUUGUUAUGAUCGCUAACACAUACAUAAUACUAUAUGUGAUCUUGUUUAUAAACAAAAGUAAUAUUUACAUCCGAAGAGUAUAAUAUAAAGAGGAAAUUUGUUUGUUUUUAUAGAAUAUUUCAAUAAAAAACAAACAUGUAAUAAGACAUUAAGCAUUAGCUUAAAAUCAUGUGUAUUAUGUGUAAGUAUUUCCUUUACGUAUGGUAAAGGUAGGGAUUUUUACCACCUUCUAUUGCUUUGUUUGUACGUCACUGUCUAUAAUUAUAUAGAUAACGUAUUACCUCGGAUGUGUUACAUGUGUAUUUAAAUAUGUAUCUGUUUCCAGUCUUGAAAUAAAAUGUGUUGAAAAAACACAAACCAUA